UUUUCCAGCCCUAGGGGAGGGAGCGUUAAAUAAUGGUCUGUGUAAACUGAUGCUCAUGCAGUAAGAGUUUGGAGAAGUGCUGCUUGUACAAGUUAAAGCAGGCACUGAAGAAAGAGCAACCAAAUAAAAAGCAGCUGCAGGAGCAAAGUGGACCCUUCUGAAAUUAAAAGACAUGUCUUUCUUCACCAGAGUUUUGACGAUGAAAUGCAAGCCGACACUUGAAUGUGAGAGGACUUACUUUUACCAGGCGCUUUUUGCCAGCAGCAGGUUUCCCGGGCAGCCGCGGCCGUGCAGCAGCAGCCAGCCGCUGGAGGUGCGGAGCGGCCGGCGGGCAGCGGCGGCGAACAAAGGCGAGGGGCGCGGAGCGGAGCUGCUGCAGCCCCCCCCGCGCCGCCUGGGCAGGGUGAAGAGCCUGCACGAAAUGCCGGGACCCAACACCCUCUACAACCUCUACGAGUUCUUCUGGAAGGACGGCUUCGGCCGCAUUCAUGAAAUCCAGCAAAAACACACUCAGGAAUAUGGAAAGAUCUUCAAGUCUCACUUUGGUCCCCAGUUUGUUGUGUCCAUUGCAGAUCGAGACAUGGUUGCUCAAGUGCUCCGAGCAGAAGGCAGAGCACCACAAAGAGCCAACAUGGAAUCCUGGCAGGAGUACAGAGAUUUACGGGGGAGAGCCACGGGGCUCAUUUCUGCGGAGGGGGAGCAGUGGCUAAAAAUGAGAAGUGUACUGAGGCAAAAAAUUCUGAAACCCAAAGAUGUGGCUGUUUACUCUGAAGGAGUCAAUGAAGUUAUCACAGACUUAAUUAAAAGAAUCCACACCCUCAGAAGUCAAGAGGAGGAUGGGGAAACGGUGACCAAUGUUAACAACCUUUUCUUCAAGUAUUCAAUGGAAGGUGUGGCCACUAUUCUAUACGAAUGCCGGCUGGGCUGCCUGGAAAACAACAUCCCACAGCAGACUGUUGAAUAUAUUGAGGCUCUGGAAUUGAUGUUUAGCAUGUUUAAGACCACUAUGUAUGCAGGUGCUAUUCCCAAAUGGCUUCGUCCACUUAUUCCAAAACCCUGGAGAGAGUUCUGCAGAUCCUGGGAUGGACUCUUCAAAUUUAGUCAAAUCCAUGUUGACAACAAAUUGAAGGCUAUUCAGUCUCAGCUGGACCAAGGAGAAGUAGUGAAUGGUGGGCUACUUACACACCUCCUAGUGAGUAAGGAACUUACUUUGGAAGAGAUCUAUGCCAACAUGACUGAGAUGCUUCUGGCAGGAGUGGACACAACUUCUUUCACUUUGUCCUGGGCCAUAUACUUGUUGGCAAAGCACCCAGAGGUGCAGCAACGUGUUUAUGAGGAAAUAGUCAAUAAACUGAGAAAAGAUCAAGUUCCAGUUGCUCACGAUGUCCCAAAAUUGCCUUUGAUUAGGGCUGUCCUGAAAGAAACCUUGAGGUUAUAUCCAGUAUUGCCAGGAAAUGGAAGAGUGACCCAAAAAGACUUGAUCAUUGGAGGAUACUUGAUACCUAAAGGGACCCAGCUGGCACUUUGUCAUUAUGCUACUUCGUACAGUGAAGAAAAUUUCUCAGUGGCAAAUGAGUUCCGACCUGAGCGCUGGCUGAGGAAAGAUAACUUGGACAGAGUAGACAACUUUGGCUCCAUCCCCUUUGGUUAUGGCAUUAGAAGUUGUAUAGGAAAAAGAAUUGCAGAGCUGGAAAUCCAUCUUGCACUGAUUCAGCUACUUCAGAAUUUUGAAAUCAAAAUUUCUCCCAAAACGGAACCAGUUCAUGCCAAAACUCAUGGACUUUUGACUCCUGGAAACUCCAUCAAUGUCAGAUUUUCUGACAGGAAGUGAAACUCAAACAUUUUGGAAAUACUUCUACAAUUUUCAUGGAAACAGGUUUGGAUUUUGUGGAAGUUUAAAACAUGCUUUUUCUCCAGUUUGUAGGUAUUUGACAGUAUCAUGAAGUAUUAUGUUCUGCCUUAGUUCUAGCAGUACAUAAGAGCAAUUACCUCUCCUGUAAAAGUUAAUUACACAUAUGAAAAUAAAUACCAAAAACAUUCCUUCUUGCACUGGGAAUCUCCUUUUAUCUGGGAGAAUUCCUUGUAAUAACAGCACAUGCAUUGAAAAAAGCCAACCAGAAGUAAAUUCAGACAUGUCAGUAUCAUUCAGUGGUUUUGUCACGCUGCUACUCAAUGAGUGCAUUUGAGAGCAAGGGGAUUAUUAUGUAAUAUGUGGAAAUUAGCUGCAUGUAUAAGUUUAUAUUUUCCUGUUUCUUGUCCUCCAGUGUUUUUUAAAAGUUUCCACGUAACAAUUAAAUUUUGAGAUCAUUUUUUAAUAUGUAAAAACAUUUACUCUGCAUGUAUUAAAAAAAAAUUCCAGUAAUAUGAAAAGUAAGGAUAGAAAAAAUACAACUUAUGUCAAGUUGUUUAGACUUGAAAUACAGAACAUAUACAAAUUUAUCUAAACGUAACCCCCAUAAAAUGUUUUUAUAUAGUUUUAAAAAAAUAGGAGUCUUAAAAAUGAAAGUUUAAAUGUCACAUUGGAGAGUUGGAAGCCAGGCAUUGUUCUCAUCACCAAAGCACAAGCCACUUUCAUUGUUCUAGCUAAUAUGCCAAACCCAAAUGUAAAUAUUAAAAGAGAGUAGUUGUUACAUUUUUAUCAUUUAAUUAAAAUACUACUUUUGACUUUAUUCUAUUCUUCAACAGUAAGAACUAGAAACAGUAAAUUUUACUGUUCUUCAACAGUAAGAACUGGAAUCUUCCCAUUUUAACUUGCUGAACCCAUGUGCAAAUACAGAAUUCUGUCGGAUGGAAAUGUGACUACUGAAGUAUUCAGAGAAGUUUGUUUACUGUCUGGUGCUUAAGAGAGUGGACACCUGGAAGUUUGGGUUUGGUCUUUUGGGGGUCGUUUUGUUUGUUUGGUUUUUUUUAUUAUGAUUAUUUUUCCUAUGAGAGCCAACAGAAAACUCUCCCUUGCACGAUACUUUGGAUAACUUUAGUAUCACUGCACUAACCUUACAUUCCCAUUUUUGAGAGAAACCUUGUACCCUCUGUCCACAUUAUGCCUUGGACAAUGUUCAAACCUGCAUAUCCUACUAUGAUACAAAUGUAAUUAUAUAUAGUUAACUGUUUACAUGUCAGGCUCUGACUGUUUUUUGGGAGGUAGUUUACAUACAAUUAUAAAUAUUUCAGCUAAAUAAACUUAGCAAAAGUUUUGUAACUUGUUUUUUAAAAUGACAAAAUUUUUCUUUGGUUGUCUAGCCUUUGGAAGUCAAAGACAGGUUAGAAAUUUCAAAACUCUGUAGUUUUAAUGGUGUACAUGAAAUUUCACAUUGCCACCUAGCUACUACAGUUGCACUGUUAAAGUAUUUUGAUUUCUUUUUGUGGUGCCUUUUCAAGGUUUAGACAAAAGAGAACCAAAAUCUCCUUUGUAUAGAUCUCCUAUACAAAAUAAUAACACUAAACAAAAUUGAUCUGAUCUACUAGAGGAUUAAAUGCCUACAUAAGGACUUUAAAAUAUUAUUCUUGUGUUGAGCAUAUAUGUGUACUGUAAGAAAACCAGGUAUUCUGUUGGGAGUAUUUUCCUUGAACAAGCCUGCCUUCUGAUUUUUUCAAGGCUCCCAAUUAUUCCAUCUUUCUUUUUUUUCCCCUUUCCCAUUGUUAUUUUCAAUUGUCUCCAUCUUAAAUCAAAUGAAAAAAUUUGUAUUUGCCAGAGCCAGCUGACAUCCCAAAGGAGCUGUUUUGCAAAAUCUGUUUAAAAGUCUAUGGACUGAGUAUUUGACUCCAUAACUCUGCCUGGUUUUGUUGACUUGGAGACAAGGAGCUCCUGCCUUGAAUCCAAAUUUGGAUGCCAUAUGGUGCCUUCCUUUUGCUUUGUCAUAGCAUCUUUAUAAACACCAGCCACUGCUAUGUUGCAGUACUUUUGCUGCUUGGUAUGAGUGCCUAAGGAAAAUGUCAGUGCAGAAGAUGGAAGAGACAUUCUAAAAUGCUUUUUGUAGCAUUGAAUAUUUUAAUAAAAACAGCCAGUAUUUUGUUCUAAUAGAGCGCCUAUCCAUGU